AUGCCGCGCGGAUUUCUUGUGAAACGGACUAAAAAUGCUGCCGCAUUUUCAUAUAGGAUACGGAAUUCCGAUGACAGCGAUUCCGACCACGAACACAUUCAGACAAAUUUUGGUUCGCCUGAUUCGGGAUAUUCCCCAAGUCCCAUCUCAUUAACACCAAGAGAACGCGACCUGCAUGCUUUCGACAGAGACCCUUCCAAUCCUAACACGACGCUUUCGUCUUCGCCGCUGUCCAACUAUCCGUCCCCACACUAUUUCUAUGCCUUCGACCGGCUCAGCGUCUCCAGCUGUUCACCCGUCAACCUCACCCCGAUGAAAAAUGAACCCAACACGACAGCCUUGUCCAGCCCCAACAAGCGCAGGGGCCCCGCCGAAGCUGAGAAGAAAGUAAAAACGCCCAAAAAGCCCAAAGCCUGCCGAAAGAUCAAUUUCGACGAAGACAAGACGUCGCCAGUUUCUGGAACGAUAAUAAAAGACGUCUCCGACACAGAAGACGAGGGUCAGGUGGUGUGCGGCGACAUCGACAGCGCUUUUAACUACGUGGAAAUAACGCCUGAGGCGAAGGCAGAACUUGACAAAAUCGAGAACAAGAUCGGCGAUUAUGUCUGUCAGCUAUGCAAGGAAUAUUUCGAUGACGCCUUCCAACUUGCCAGACAUCGCUGUUCCAGAAUUGUUCACGUCGAAUACCGAUGUCCCGAGUGCGACAAAGUGUUCAACUGUCCCGCUAAUCUGGCCUCGCACCGGCGCUGGCACAAGCCUAAGAACACACCCGAAAAAAAACCGGCCCCGUCUCACAUCCUACCGGCAAAUGUCUGUUCGAUUAGCCUCAACGGCGGAAAUACAAACAGAGAGCCCAUGGACGAAUCCAGUGACAAAUGCGACAGCCCACGGGAAAUGAUCUCUUCGCCGCCGGAGUCGCCCGAUUAUCAGGUGUCAAACCAGCAACAGCACAACCAGUUUUUUGGUUCCACGUCUUCGUCCUCGUCAAACUCCUCGUCGCCGGCGUCGUCCGAAUGUCUGAACAACGCCGAAGAGGGACAGUUCGAGUGCGAGAUCUGCUUUAAGCGAUUCCGUCGUCAAGCCUAUCUGAAAAAGCACAUUCUGAACCACAACAAUGACAGGGCUAAACAGCAACAACAGCUGCAGAACCAACCUACAGUGCUAAACCACACCCAGGACAGCGGGCCCGAGUCUCCGCAAAACUACCUACUACCCCACCGUCAACAGAUUCAAAACCAACUCCAACACUUGAACUCCCACACGACAGACCCCAACGGCAACAAGGAGCCGAUCGUCGUCGUCAGUCACAGUAACACGAUGUCAGCGGCGGGCAAUGUGGGCAACAAUGGCAGUACCGGCAAUGGUGUUUCGGGAACUGCUAACGGCAGUAACCUUGUUCUGUCAUGUGACCAGUGUAACAGUUCAUUUACAACCAAAACAGCUCUGGAGAAACACGCCCGUACACAUACGGACCCACCUCUCUCUCUCUCUCUCUCUCUCUCUCUCUCUCUCUCUCUUUUUCCCUCUCUCUUUCCCUCUCUCUCGCUUUCCUCCUGA